GCCAAUUAGCCAUUGUAUGUAGCAUAAUAAUCAUAAUAUUCCAUUUUACUUUAUGCUUAAUAGGUAUAAACACAGGAAAUUUCAUUAAAUUUGCAUCAGUGUUCGCUUUAGUCUUAUACCUGGUAAUAUCUAAGAAUAAUUAAAUUACAAUAGAAAUCAUGGCUGCACCGAUGGAAAGGAUUCAAGUUCUAGACGAAAUAGAAAAGGAUAUUAUCACCUGUCUACAAUGUGCAGCUCAAGCACUUCUUGAAUUGAGUAAAGAAAAAUCUGGUCAAAAACAAGCUGAAUCAAACACAUCACAGUUUUUAAGAACACUCAGUCAAGUGGAAUCAAAGUUGAGUGAACAAAUAAAUUACUUGACUCAAGUUUCAACUGGACAACCACAUGAAGGUUCUGGAUAUGCUUCACAGAAGGUUUUGCAAAUGGCUUGGCAUCGUUUAGAACAUGUCAGAUCAUGGGUGAAUGAAUUAGAUCGUCUGAAAGCUUCUCAUUUGGCAACUCCAAGAACAGCAACAGGAAGUGUACCAAAUGGCAAUAUGACAUCAUCUGGCACCAGUACCUGAUAUUAAAUUAAUUAAACGUAUGGACAUUAAAUAGUAACCUGCACAUUGAGUGAAAACAAUAAUAAUAAUAAUUGUUGAACACUAGUUUCAUUAAGAACAAGUUUUAUCUAAAAAUAUGAUUGUUCAUUAAUUGCUGACAGCUUUUCCAAUAGUUGAGU